AUGGAAUGUUCCUGUAACACAACGAAAUACUUUUAUAACACGACGACUGUUGCAAUCCGAACACACCUCUAUAUUAACGGUCCUGACCCAAUAUGUGCUCUAUCAGAUAUUCGAGUCAUACCUGACAAAAAUCUUGUCUUAAUCAUGAAACAGGUUAAAAGAAGAUAUAAAAGGUACCGGUGGCAAAUGAGAUCUCUGGUCUGGUCCUUCGAAGCAUUAGCAGGUGGCGAUGCAGCAACGCCAUACCUUGCACUGGCUUGCAAAGUAAUGUCGAAGCAUUUCAGGCGACUGAAGGAUGGCAUUACGAAGCAGAUUAAGAGGUUGAUGAAGGUCGUGCGAGACAAGAUACACUUAGUUCCCUGCAAGUUGCUUGGCCAAUGCUUUCAGCAAAGUAAGGGGUUUCAGAUUAAAGGAUUUAUGAUGGAUCAACAACCAUGGAAGACGCAUAGAGUUCUUCCUGAGCCUUCGGUUUCUCUUCGAGCUUGGCUCUUUGCUCAUUUUCUUCACCCGGACCCCAGUGACAUCGGCAAGCACAUAUUAGCUAGGCAAACCGGCCUCUCUAGGAGCCAGGUUUCUAAUUGGUUCAUCAACGCAAGGGUGCGACUCUGGAAGCCAUUGAUAGAAGAAAUGUACAUGGAAGAGAUUAAGGAGAGAGAAAAUCUACAGGAUGAUAAGGAGCAGAAUCUCAUUGUUGUAAUAGGGACAGAGAGCGAUUCUGGGUGUCUCUCCACCAUUUUCAACGCAAGGCAUCAAUCCGAAGAGCAUGGUUUCAGUUCCUAUAAUGGUUAUAAUUGCAUGGAAAACUUCAGUGGAAGUUGA